AUGAUCUCGGUGACGGUCUUACUUUUCGCAAUGCUUAUUGGUCAGUCAAAAUUAUAUUUUGAGACCUAAAAAAAUAGUUGGUCUUCAGCGAGCGCCAACUUUGCAAUGUGUAGGAAGAAGCGACCUGAAUUGGCGAGGACAAAGUUUAUUUUUAGUUUUUCGGAUUUUGCAUCUUUUGGCAAGCCAACGUUAAUUCUUAUGCAGGAGAAAAUUAAAAAAAGCAAAAAGCAAAAAAAAAAAUCACCUGAACCUAAAUUUUUGUGGUCGCACGUAGAAUGACUCAAACCGUUGCGAUGAAUGUUACCUCCAAGUAAGAGAAAGUUUGGGUUUACUUACAAAGAUCUCGAAAAACCGUGUAAAAUUUCUUCUAGCCGUAACUGGUGAACGCUUUUUUUUUUAGAAUUUGAGAAGGUUUUUCUGAGAUUUUGGGAGAAGCUCACGAUUUUUCAUAAGUUUAAAGUUGAAAAAGGUAAAAACGAAACGACGACGGUCAUUGAUCAAUUUUGUAUGACCACAGCCAGCUUGAGACAAAAUUCAUUAAACAAAAGUUGAAACCUUCACCUUUGACUAAUCAUGUCGUAGAAACGUUUCGAACCAGUUGUAGAUGAACAGAUCAAAUUAGAGGAAAAAAAAUGAAAUUUUUCUUGAAGGACUUCGCAGAAGAAGCGUGAGCCUACGAACAAAGAGAUUCGAGCGGCGAUCCGCGCCGGCCUUCCAUCCGGUGACCCCGCCGAGAACAUCAACCUACCGUUUUCUCCUUCUUGCAAGAAGGAAGUCGAAAUCAGGACCAGGUUUACGCGAUAACGAACAGAACUACGAAGAAAUAUGUCUCUAUUGAAAAUAUGAAGUUAAAACUCAAAAAACAACCUUGAUCUAACUUCAAUUUAAAUGAUAAUCAAGUAAAAAACUUUUGUAUCAUUUACCUGGAAGUUUUUAGACCGCCACCGAGUAUCCGAAGGAGCGUCCAAGACAGUACGGACCAGUUGUCAGAAAAUAAAGGGUCAGUUUUUUCGGAUAAAUCCACUUUUCAUUAUGUCUCUUCCACAGGAGCCCUUAGUUGAGGUUAGAUAAAAAAAAGUUUUCAAUAAUUUUCAGGACUCCUGGCCCAUCUAAAUCGGAAGCUUUCCAAAAGUCUGAUACCAUUGAGAAGUGACUUCAUAUUUUUGUUAUCUUUAUUAUCUCUGGAUUUUCAGAUCUGAGAGAAGCCAUAGAACUUUGAAACCAUCAAAGGUAUUUUGAUAGGAGAAUUAAACGGAAAAAUAACAAUUUAUUGAAGCCGAGAUCUGAAUAUAUGCCGUCCCCUGAUGCAGAUCCUGUGAACGAACAAAAAUGUAACACUGAGCUUUUUUUAAAAUAACAAUUAAGUUUUUUUUUAGCUCGAGGGAAGGAAGAUGAGUUCACAGCCCGAUCGCUAAAAACGAAGCCUUUCGGCCGUGAAGGUUUCUUUUUUUUAAUUUUUAAAAAUUCGUUGAUUUUGUAGAAGAAAAAACAUUUUACAGAUGAGAGUUUGAAAUCGAGACAAGGGGUCUAUUGA